ACUAUUACAAUUUCAAUCAGUCGUCGUGAAUAAGCGGAAUAACAUAGCACAGCUCGCAGAAAUGGCUGAGGUCCCGAAAAUCAUCGAUUUACAUAAAAUUGUUGAACCUUAUUUACAAGGUGCUACACUUGAGUCUUAUGAAAGUGGCUAUCUAACAAAACCUGGCGAUAAUUAUGGCAGUAUCAUGCUGACCAUAAAAUCAAAAAUAAAGCAAACUAAUGGUGAAAUUCAAGAUUUCCCACUGAUAGCGAAAUUGCCGCCUCUUACCAAUGAUUUGUAUUGGCAGAUCUUCCAGCCAGAACGUACAUGUAUCACUGAAAAUUCAGUUUACAAGUAUUUGUCUCCAGAGCUUAAGAAGCUUCAACUGGAGGCUGGUGUACUGCCUGCUGAUGCAUUCGAUGGCUUUCCGCGUUACUAUGGCUCCCGCAUCUCACUUAAUCCGGAUACCCCCAAGGUCGAUCGAGAUGCAGUUUUAGUACAAGAAAAUGUCACUAAAAGCGGUUACAGACCUGGUAAUAGGCAUAAGCCGUAUGAUCUAGAGCACACUGUCCUUAUUUUGCAUUAUCUGGCACAAUAUCAUGCUUUGCCACUAGCAUUGCGUCUAAAGAAACCAAAAGUAUAUGAUCAAUUUGUGCGGCCGUAUUUCAAAAAAUUUAACAUGAACGACAAUAUGGAAGCAGACCUAAAGAAUGUAUUAAACGAAGAAGCUUUAGCAGACAUUAAAGAGAUCUUAAAGGACAACGAUCGUGACAUUCAGCGCGUUCAGGAGCUGCAGGAUUUGAACGAAAAAUUUCAAUCUUCAGAAGAUGUACAAGAUGGACUCUGGACUUCUAUAGCUCAUAUGGACGCUUGGAUAAAUAACAUUAUGGUUAAAUAUGAUGAAAAUGAAGUUCCUGCUAAGCUAAAAAUUGUCGACUUUCAAAUUGCCCAGUAUGAAUCAGUUGUGCACGAUAUCAUCUUUUUGCUUCUGUCGAGCGUAGACACACCAGUACUGGAGGAAAAUUAUUACAAUUUUCUAAAGAUAUACUACGAUGCUUUCAUAAAAUCACUGCGUAGUGUUCAUGUAGAUACAAGUGAAUAUAGUUAUGAAGGAUUUCUCGAUGAAGUUAAACGUGUGGCUCAUAUUGAAAUCCCACAUGCUCUGUUUAUGACCAAAGUUGUUUUGGCUGAAAACGAUACGUUACCCGACGACUAUAAAGAUGUGGAUUUGACUGUCUUAACCAAAAAUAGAGGAGUUGGAAAGAUCAUGGAUAAGAUUAGGGACAUUUUGCGUUUGUCCAAAAAGUUUGGAAUAUUUUACUAAAAUGUAACGUGAUUAGCCCGAAAUAUAAUGUAUUUCACCAUUUUCUAAACGUA